UCAGUGUAGUUGUAUGCUGUUGUUCCUAACGUUUUCUUCAUCCACUGUUCUUUUAAAGUUGAUCAAAGAAGGACCGAACGGGUGCAAAGAAAUACAGAACUUGCACACUGAUUCCUGUUAGUCAUUAAGAUCAGAGUAUUAGUCAUUUCCCACAAUUACUGAUCAACAGCGGGUAAAUGUUAAAUCUGAAGCGUGUGGUCUGCUGGUAGUUCAGUGCUUUUAAGAGCCUCUCUCUUGUCAGACUGGAUGUGACGUGUUAGUUUUCUGCCUCGAGUUCUCUGUCAGAGCUGUGUGAGGAGGAUUCCCUCAGAAACAGAGAGUUCAGUUUUUUCUGUGAAUGUGAGCGAGCCGCUUCUGCUUCCUCACGUGACCGCGCUUACAGAGCGAGCGCGCGCUCUUCCACUCUGGACUCUGAAGACUCUGGAGCGCGCAGGAUCCUAAACAGGUGUGAUGGUGAGGAUAUCCAGCUCUUCUUACAUGUUCCUGCUGGUCUUGACCUUGGGCUUCCUCGUGUUUGAGAUUGUAGUCGGCCAGAUUUGCAGAUCUCUCCUCAUCGCGGUGGACAGCUUCCACACGCUCUAUGUUUCCAUAAAUCUGGCUCUAUCAUCCCGUCCAGACGUCUGUGCUCCUGGAGCUCCGGGCUCUCUCUGUGUGGAGGACUACAGAAGGAUGCGUCUCAAACCCUUCGGCGUCCUGCUCUCAGCUCUGCUCUUGGCCUCUCAGUGUGUCUCCAUCAGUCUGGAGAUCCUCACACAUCUCGUCCAGCCUGAACCCGUUCAGCACCCGCUCCUGUCCACUGUGGUUGGAGGAACUAGUCUGAUAUUCAAUGUCCUUGUGUUGGCCUGCAGCAGAGGGACUGAUGGAGCUGCUGAUGGGAUCAGCAAGAGUCUGGUCAGAAACGACACCCAUUCUACAUUUAACCCUGAAGCCUCUAGUGAUCAGGAUCCAGAAGGAGCGGAGUCACCAAAGUCCAGCAUCUCUGAUCCAGUUCAGUCCAGUCCUCGUAUCUGUGGAAGUGCUCAGGAAAUCAUUAACUAUUCAGAGCCACUUCCAGAAGAACCGCGUCGCUCCGCCUGCACUGAACCCACCGUUUCCCGGUGUGCUUAUGGACUCAUGGGCUCCCUCGCCGUGGUCCAGGAUCUUCUGGGUUCAGUGCUGGUUCUGUGUAAUGGUCUGGUUCUCCUGCUGUCUGCAGCACACUGUCAUCAGCCUCACUCUGACUGUCAUCUGCUGGUGUAUCUGGACGCUGGGUUGUCCUCGGUGUGUGUGCUGGUGCUGUUGACCGUGGCUCUGCCGAGGCUGUGGCGCUGUGGGCUGCUGGUGCUGCAGGCGACGCCGCUGCAUGUGUCCGUGGCUCAGGUGCGGCGGAGGAUCACACGAGUCCCAGGUGUGCUGUCUGUCCACGAGCUGCACGUGUGGCAGCUGUCCGAGGCGCUGCUGGUGGCCUCGCUGCACGUGCACUGUCCGGCCGAGCUGAACGCAGCGCAGUGCACAGAUGUGAUGGAGAGGAUCACAGCAGCGCUGAACGCUUUCGGCAUCAAACACUGCACCGUGCAGCCGGAGCUCAGCCGGAGCGCCGCCACAGCCUGCAGUCUGCGCUGUGGUCAGGAGUGUGUGGACAAGCUCUGCUGCUCCCCUCGAGAGGAACAGGAGGAGUCCUGCUCUCCAGCGCCGGGCAGUGGUGAUCAGAUCACAGAUGUGGUUAUUCAGAGCACGUACCUGUGAUGAUCAAAGGGUCAUCGGAUGCCCAUCUUCCACGAGUUCAUUUGUGACCCUUGAUCACAAACCAGUGUUAAGGGUCAAUUUAUUUUAUUUUUUUCAUCGAGAUAAAUUCAUGAAAAAAUAGUCUUUCCAUUGAUGCAUGGUUUAUUAUAAUCGGACAAUAUUUGGCUGAGAUGCAACUAAAAAAAUAAAUAAAAAAUAAAAUCUGGAAUCUGAGGGAGCAAGAAAAUCUAAAUGUUGUGAAAAUCAUCUUUAAAGUUGUUUAAAUUAAGUCUUCAGCAAUGCAUACUACUAAUCAAAAAGUAUAUUUACAGUAGGAAAUUUACACCAAAUUUGUAUGUAACAUGAUCUAUAUAUGAUGUCCUUUUUGGCAUAAAAGAAAAAUGGAUCAUUUGUACACUGUAAUGAAUUGCUGUAAAAAUUACAGCAUUAUUUUACAGCCGCGGACUGUUUUUUAAUAAUACAGCAUAUUGCUGUAAACUGCAAUGCAUUCUGGGGUCACGUGUAGGUCUGACUCAAAUUUACAGAAUUUUGCUGUAAAUUUCAAAUCUUCGGAGCCGCAUCGUCAACGGUCGAGGAAGAUUAACGUUAAAGACAAGAGGAGUGAUUCACAACUGUGGUAAGUGACUUCAGUUUUUUAUAUUUCUUGUUUGGUAGUUUAUAGUAUAUGAAUGCAUCUACAUUCGCGGAUUAUAUUGGUAACCCCAGAUUCAAGCAUCAUCCGUCCGCGGGGCGCGAGGCAGAAUUGCGCGGGGUUUCAGUAGCGCGGUCGCGGUAGGAUUUCACACAUCCCCCGGCGCUAUAGCAGCCAUGGACAGAAAAUCUCUGGAAUCCUUCGUUAUGAAUGACAUGUUUCAGUGCUAAUAGUUUAUAUUCACUGUAACUUAGUGUUUAUCAGCACACUUCGUCGUGAUUAUUUUAUGAUGUAAAACAACUUUGCACAUGCAGUCAUCUGUUAACACGGGCGCCGAAAUAAAACGCGUUUCUAAAGCCUCGCGGUCAGUCAGGGCCGCUCACGGAGGAUGUGUGUGUCAUAUAAAUUCUCAGUGGUGCUUUUCUAAGAGGUUAACGUAACCAGUGAGAUGUAGAUUUUUUUUGAGCAUUUGCUAACUUCAGGUAACGUUAAUGUGAAAACUUUAACAAAUCUGUUUGAUAUAAAGUCUGCUUUGUAUAGUUAGCCUAAUUUAUUACCUUAGGGCGACCAAAUACGUUUUCCUUGAAAUUAUUAAAUAUGCUAUUUAUAGAUAUGUGUCUAUAUUUAUGUCGGCCGGCAAAUCUUGUGUGUAUUUUGGCACAGGGUGCACAAAUGCUCCUUAUCAGUGCGGUGACACUUGAACAAAUGAACUGAUCAUGCGCGACACUGACCAAUAAACAAACGAGUUGUUUUAUUGCGUCUAUGACUUGAAUCUUAUCAUCAGUUGUAGUGAUGGGAAGUUCGGAUCAUUUUACCGAAUCGGACUUUUGAGUCUCGUUCAGCAAAAUGAACGAAUCUUUUUUCGAGUCAUUUCAAAUGAACGAACAACCAGAAGGUUCAGGAAGAAA